AAAGGAAGUGGAGUUGGACCCUGACAGCUACCUGACAUUUUGUCCCCUGGGCUUAUUGGGGUUUGACGCGUUUCACUUUUCGGGACGACGCGUGCUUACCUGGCAGCUCCCUGUGCGCAGUUCCACAAACUGCCGAGGACGGCGCUAGGACCCGGCGGCCGCUCAAUCGCGGUUGGUUGUGCGGAGCGGAGCAGAGCGGAGAGGAGAGAAGAGCUGAGCGGCGCGGCGCGGGCUGCUAGGCGCUGUGCUCUGAAGGGAAGGAAGUCAUUAGCGCAGACGAGUCCAGUUUGUUGCUCUUGCAGGAUAUCCUUGGAGCUUUUUCCUUGCGCAAAAUCUUGGGAUUGUACCUCUCUUUACGUUCUGCAGGAGUACCACCUUCAGGAGGUCCCGUAGUGAUCGGAAGAAACUGCCGCGGAUCGCCCGAGGAAGGGGUGCGGGUCCUCUUCUAUGGAUGUAGCGGAUCGCUGGGAUCGUACUUGAAAAAAAAAAAUCUUCCCAAAGCGAAGUAAUCGCACAAAGGCACAAGUUGUGAUCGGUUCGCUCCUGUGGUGCUUGUGUCUACUCCAGUAUCGUCUUGAGGUGAGGGGAUGCGGCAUCCCCAUCGGAAUUUUCCUGGUUUCACGGCACCGGGGGGGAUAGCAGAGCAAGGGUUCAACACUGCAGCAGCAGCAGCGGCGACACUGGCACUACCUCGAGGGCGAUGACUAAGUUUACACGCGAAUGAAGACGCAGACGCUGGAAUCUCCGGGCGCCUUGUCCACACAUGUCCGAGAGUUGGCCGAGUUUUUCGUAGCUGCAGGGUCACUUCUCGCGGCUGCCUUCGCGUCUCAGGAGCACAAUGCUGGGAGGAAGCUGAAAGAGGUGCGGGCAGUAUGACUGGCAGAUGCUGCUUGCUUGAACUCAAGUCCGCCGCCUCUACAACAUCUUGAUGCUCUAUAGCUUUGAUUUACAAAUAUGAUGAAAUGGCAGCCCCGGAAGAAGGCAUACUUCCGACAGGGUGUUGCUCUCCAGUACCUCGGACGCCAUGCAGACGCACUGGCAGCAUUUGCUUCUGGCUUGGCACAGGACCCCAAGAGUCUACAGCUGUUGGUUGGCAUGGUGGAGGCUGCCAUGAAAUCCCCUCUGCGAGAUUCUUUGGAGCCCACCUAUCAGCAGCUUCAGAAGAUGAAGCUCGACAAGAGCCCCUUUGUGGUGGUGUCUGUGAUUGGCCAGGAGCUGCUGACUGCCAGCCAUCAUGGUGCUUCAGUUGUCGUCCUGGAGGCGGCACUCAAGAUCGGAACCUGCAGUCUCAAGUUGCGUGGCUCGGUUUUUUCAGCCCUCAGCAGUGCCUACUGGUCCCUGGGAAACACAGAAAAGAGCACUGGCUAUAUGCAACAGGACUUGGAAGUGGCAAAGACAUUAGGUGACCAGACGGGUGAAUGUCGGGCCCAUGGCAACCUGGGAUCGGCAUUCUUCUCCAAGGGGAAUUAUCGAGAGGCCCUGACCAACCACAGACAUCAGUUGGUGCUCGCCAUGAAGUUGAAGGAAAGAGAGGCAGCCUCUUCUGCCCUCAGCAGCCUGGGCCAUGUUUACACUGCCAUUGGAGAUUACCCCAAUGCCCUGGCCAGCCACAAACAGUGCGUCCUGCUUGCCAAACAAUCCAAAGACGAGCUCUCAGAAGCACGGGAACUGGGCAACAUGGGAGCAGUAUACAUCGCAAUGGGGGACUUUGAGAAUGCAGUGCAAUGCCAUGAACAGCACCUGAAGAUUGCCAAGUCUCUAGGCAACAAGCGGGAAGAGGCCCGUGCAUACAGCAACCUGGGCAGCGCCUACCACUACAGGCGGAACUUUGACAAAGCCAUGUCAUACCACAAUCAUGUGCUGGAGUUGGCGCAGCAGCUGGAGGAGAAAUCCAUUGAGAUGCGGGCAUAUGCUGGUUUGGGCCAUGCUGCCCGCUGUAUGCAGGACCUGGAGCGUGCCAAACAGUACCAUGAGCAGCAGCUCAGCAUUGCCGAGAGCCUCAAGGAUCGAGCAGCAGAAGGCAGGGCUUCUUCUAAUUUAGGAAUCAUCCACCAGAUGAAAGGAGAUUAUGAGUCUGCACUGAAACUCCACAAAACUCAUCUCUCCAUUGCUCAGGAGCUCAGCGACUAUGCUGCCCAGGGCCGGGCUUAUGGUAACAUGGGCAAUGCCUACAAUGCUCUGGGUAUCUUCGACCAAGCAGUUAAGUACCACAGACAGGAGCUGCAGAUCUCUAUGGAGGUCAAUGACAGGGCAUCCCAAGCCUCCACCCAUGGGAACCUUGCAGUCGCUUACCAGGCCUUGGGAGCCCAUGACAGAGCCUUACAGCACUACCAAAACCACCUCAACAUUGCCAGGGAACUGCGGGACAUUCAAAGCGAGGCUCGGGCCCUCAGCAACCUGGGUAACUUCCACUGCUCCCGGGGAGAGUUUUUGCAAGCCGUGCCCUACUACGAGCAGUACUUGCGGCUUUCCCCUGACCUGCAAGAUAUGGAAAGCGAAGGAAAAGUUUGCCACAACCUUGGAUAUGCUCACUACUGCCUUGGCAACUAUGAAGACGCUGUUAAAUACUACGAACAGGAUCUGGCCUUAGCCAAGGAUUUGCACGAUAAACUAAGCCAGGCCAAGGCCUACUGCAACCUUGGCCUAGCGUUCAAAGCUCUGGCAAAUUUUAUCAAGGCAGAAGAGUGCCAGAAAUACCUCCUUUCACUGGCGCAGGCCUUAAACAACUCCCAGGCUAAGUUCCGAGCUCUGGGCAAUCUAGGAGACAUCUUUGUGUGCAAGAAAGAUAUGUCAGGAGCCAUCAAGUUUUAUGAGCAGCAGCUGGCACUAGCUCAUCAGGUGAAUGAGCGGAAGCUUGAAGCUAGUGCUUAUGCGGCACUGGGUGCUGCUUACCGCAUGAUUCAGAAAUACGACAAAGCUCUGGGCUACCAUACACAGGAGCUUGAGGUCUGUCAGGAGCUGAGCGACAUACUGGGCGAAUGUAAAGCCCAUGGUCAUCUCGCUGCAGUCUACAUGUCCUUGGGGAAGUAUACUAUGGCAUUCAAAUGUUACGAGGAGCAGCUAGAGCUCGGGCAAAAGCUUAAAGACCCCAGCAUCGAGGCUCAGGUUUAUGGCAACAUGGGCAUCACAAAGAUGAACAUGAAUGUCAUGGAAGAAGCCAUUGGAUAUUUUGAGCAGCAGCUGGCAAUGCUUCAGCAGUUGAAUGGCAAUGAAGCAGUCUUGGACAGAGGAAGGGGGUACGGCAACUUGGGGGAUUGCUAUGAAGCCUUAGGGGACUAUGAAGAAGCCAUCAAAUACUAUGAGCAGUACCUGUCUGUGGCGCAGAGCCUGAACCGCAUGCAAGACCAAGCCAAAGCCUACCGAGGAUUAGGAAAUGGCCACAGGGCAAUGGGGAAUUUGCAACAGGCUCUUGUGUGCUUUGAGAAGCGCCUAGUCGUGGCCCAUGAACUUGGAGAGUCUUCCAACAAAGCACAGGCUUAUGGGGAGCUGGGCAGCUUGCACAGUCAGCUGGGUAACUAUGAACAGGCCAUCUCUUGUCUGGAGCGCCAGCUCAGCAUUGCCAGAGAUAUGAAGGACCGCAUACUGGAAAGUGAUGCCUCCUGUGGUCUAGGAGGAGUCUACCAACAAAUGGGCGAAUAUGAGACUGCACUGCAGUUCCAUCAGCUAGACCUGGAGAUCUCAGAGGAGACCAACAACCCCACCUGUCAGGGCCGUGCUUAUGGCAAUCUGGGACUGACCUAUGAAUCCCUGGGUAACUAUGAAAGGGCAGUGGUUUACCAGGAGCAGCACCUUAGCAUUGCAGCCCAGAUGAAUGACUUAGUGGCAAAAACGGUGGCCUACAGCAGCCUGGGGAGGACACACCAUGCCUUGCAGAACUAUUCCCAAGCAGUCAUGUACUUGCAAGAAGGUCUGAGGCUGGCAGAGCAGCUUGGGCGAAGAGAAGAUGAAGCUAAAAUCCGCCACCGCCUGGGGCUCUCACUUUGGGCGAGUGGCAACCUGGAGGAAGCCCAGCAUCAGCUUUAUCGAGCAUCAGCACUAUUUGAAACGAUUCGCCAUGAAGCUCAGCACAGCACUGAUUACAAGCUGUCGCUCUUUGAUCUCCAGACAUCCUCAUAUCAAGCACUUCAACGUGUCCUGGUUAGCCUCGGCCAUCAUGACGAGGCGCUAGCAGUGGCAGAGCGAGGACGGACCCGGGCAUUUGCUGACCUGCUGGUGGAGAGGCAGACUGGUCAACAAGACUCCGACCCAUAUAGCCCAGUGACCAUUGAACAGAUCUUUGAGACAGUCAACGGACAGCGUGGGCUCAUCUUAUACUAUUCACUGGCAGCUGGUUACUUGUACAGCUGGCUUCUUGCACCAGGAGCAGGAAUCCUGAAGUUCCAUGAGGUGUACCUGGGUGACAGCCUGGCAGAAAGCAGCCUGGACUUUCAUGAGACAAGCAGCUUGAGUCUACAGAAUGUCAACAACUCAACACUGGAGCAGUACAUCGGCAGUGUGCGAGAAGCUCUGGGGGUGGAGUCCUAUUACAACAGGGCCUGCUCGAGCAGCGAGACGGAGAGUGAAGCAGGAGACCUCCUGGACCAGCAGUUCGAGGAGCUCAACAACAAGCUGAACUCGGUGACGGACCCCACUGGAUUCCUCCGCAUGGUCAGCAGGAACAACCUGUUCAACAGAAGCUGUCAGAGCAUGAGCAGCUUGUUCAGCAGCACCAUGUCACCCGUGAAGGACAGCAGCUCCUCACUGCCAAGGAGGACAAGCUCAGCGAACAAGCCUCCAUUGCGGGCACUCUAUGACCUCCUCAUUGCUCCCAUGGAAGGGGGCUUGAUGCACUCGAGCGGCCCGGUGGGCCGUCACCGGCAGCUGGUCCUGGUGCUGGAGGGUGAGCUCUACCUCUUCCCGUUCGCCCUGCUCAAAGGCAGCUCCUCCAACGAGUACCUCCACGAGCGCUUCAGCCUCAUCGCCGUGCCCUCCAUCCAGUCUCUCAGCGGCUCCUCCAAGCCCCAUGCCAAGAGAAACGCCCCUACAUACUCGGGUUCUACCUCUAUGGCAGCUGUCAUUGGCAACCCCAAGUUGCCCUCUUCAGUGAUGGAUCGCUGGCUGUGGGGUCCGAUGCCUUCAGCCGAGGAGGAGGCCUAUAUGGUAUCGGAACUGUUAGGAUGCCAGCCUCUCGUGGGCUCCAUGGCCACCAAGGAGAGAGUGAUGAGCGCCCUUAGUCAAGCUGAAUGUGUGCACUUUGCCACACACAUCUCCUGGAAGCUGGCUGCCUUGAUUCUGACCCCAAAUGCCGAGGGCUCCUCAACUGGCACUGCUGGCAAGGGCUCCUUUGGGAACAGCUACACCAUCCCUGAGUCACUCAGAAUGCAGGAUGAUGCCAGCGACGUGGAGAGCAUCACCGACAGCCCACCGCUUCAGGAGUUCCUGCUGACUGCGGCGGACAUUUUGGAUCUCCGACUCCCCGUAAAGUUGGUGGUGCUGGGCUCCUACCAAGAGUCCAACAGCAAAGUGACCGCCGACGGGGUCAUUGGCCUGACACGAGCGUUUCUGGCUGCCGGUGCCCACUGUGUUCUGGUGGCGCUCUGGCCAGUGCCCGUGGCAGCCUCCAAGAUGCUGGUCCAUGCGUUUUACUCGGCACUCCUCAACGGGAUGAAGGCUAGCGCGGCCCUGGCAGACGCUAUGAAAACUGUCCAGAGCAGCAAGCAGUUCUCACACCCAUCGAACUGGGCAGGGUUCAUGCUCAUUGGCAACGAUGUGAAACUCAACAAUCCUUCAUCUCUGAUUGGUCAGGCCCUCACGGAGAUCCUGCAGCACCCAGAGCGGGCACGAGACGCGCUGCGAGUCCUCCUUCACCUGGUGGAGAAGUCUCUGCAGCGUAUUCAGAAUGGCCAGCGCAAUUCAAUGUACACGUCGCAACAGAGUGUGGAGAACAAAGUGGGUGGAGUCCCAGGCUGGCAGUCCCUCCUGACCGCGGUGGGCUUCCGCCUCGAUCCCUCAGCUAGUGGCCUGCCUGCCGCUGUCUUCUUCCCCACCACCGACCCCGGGGACCGGCUGCAGCAGUGCAGCUCGACACUACAGUCUCUCCUAGGUUUGCCUCAUCCUGCCUUCCAGGCGCUCUGUAAGCUGAUCACGGCGUCGGAAACCGGAGAGCAGCUGAUCAGCCGGGCUGUUAAAAAUAUGGUGGGAAUGCUUCAUCAGGUCCUGGUCCAGUUGCAGGCCGGAGAGAAGGAGCCGGACUUCUCCUUGGCGCCUAUCCAGGUGUCCAUUAGCGUGCAGCUGUGGAGGCUCCCUGGGUGCCAUGAGUUCCUGGCAGCUCUAGGCUUUGACCUUUGUGAGGUUGGACAAGAGGAGGUCGUGCUGAAGACGGGGAAGCAGGCCAAUCGGCGCACUAUGCACUUCGCCCUGCAGUCUCUGCUGGCUCUCUUUGAUUCAACAGAGUUGCCCAAACGCCUCAGCCUCGACAGCUCGUCCUCACUGGAGUCCCUAGCCUCUGCCCAGUCUAUCUCCAACCCGGUGCCCCUGGGGUACCCACACCCUCCCUUCUCUCCCACGGGGCCAGACAGCAUGGCGUCUGACGCCAUCUCCGUCUACAGCCUGAGCUCCAUCGCCUCUUCCAUGAGCUUUGCAUCCAAGUGCGAGAGCUCAACUGAGUACGCGGGCCACAGGGGUCGAGCGGACUACGAGCGUCUGAAGGGCAUCUUCUCUCACAAGUCUUCCGUGCCCAGAAGCCGUUCUUCCCCCCAUGCUGGGGCUUCUUCUAGCAAAGACGAUGAGGAAUAUGAAGGGUUCUCCAUCAUCAGCAGUGAACCCCUGGCAGGAAACUGCGACUCCCUCCCUUUGCCGGGGAGCCGCAAACAGAUGAAAGGCAUCGAGCAGGAGGCAAACAGAGCCUGCUAUGGUGCCUCGGUGUCCUGCAGGGGGAGCGUCAGCACACCGACCUCUCCCGUCAAGAUGACUCUCAUCCCCAGCCCCAAUUCCCCCUUCCAGAAGGUGGGCAAGGUCACCAGCUCCGACACUGGAGAGUCGGACCAGUCCAGCACUGAAACGGACAGCACCGUCAAAUCCCAGGAAGAAAAGGCGCCCAAACUCGAUCCCCAGGAGCUGGCUCAGAAGAUUCUGGAAGAAACUCAAAGCCACCUCAUCGCCGUGGAGUGUCUCCAGAGAAGCGGCAGCCAGAGCAGUUGUGUCAGCGAGCCCAUUGGCGGGGCCAGCACGCCCACUGGCGGAUCAGCGUUCCGGUCCUCGGAAACGAGCGCCUUCAGCCGGCCGCAGAGCGUCAGCCUGAAGAGCCAGUCGUCGCCCCUUAACGUGAAGCCCAAGCCUCCGUCAAGGACCUCCUCCCUGCAGAAGGUGAGCUCCGGCUACAACAGUCCAGCGGUGUCGGAGACCUCCCUCAAGGACGGCUCGAGUCCGCAAAGUGGGCACCCGUCGCCCACCAUCGAUGCUCACAGCCUGGCUCAAUUCAAGCUGAAAUACCCCAGCUCGCCAUACAGCGCUCACAUCUCAAGGUCUCCCAGCAACAUCUCGCCCAGUUCUGGCCACCAGUCUCCAGGCGGGAGCGCACCCUCCCCUGCUCUGUCAUACUCUUCCACUGGAUCGGCACGCUCCAGCCCAGCGGACGCUCCCGACCUAGACAGACUGAGGCUAGCAGCCAUCGACGAGAAAGUGCAGGCCAUCCACAACCUCAAGACUUUCUGGACCAACGCCUCCCAGCCACCGCACUCCGGGCCGGUCCGUGCUCUGCGUGGCAGUCUUGGUGCUUCCAAACGUGACGUCCUCAGCCUGCUCAACCUCUCGCCGAGACACGGCAAGGGGGACAAAGGCCUAGACGGCCUCGAACUCAAGGAACUUGCCAUUCGGCCGGUGGAGCUGACCUCCACGAUGCAGAACCCCCCCAACGGGCACAAAAGGCCCGAGACCAAGAAGACUGUCGCCCCCUCACCCUCUGCGUCCACCAGCAGCAGUCCGGGAGGGCGGCCACUGCGACUGCCGUCCGGAAACGGCUACAAGUUUCUGUCGCCCGGCCGCUUCUUCCCGUCGUCCAAAUGCUGAGUGUAGGGGGGGUUUGCGGAGUAGCUGCCCGCACCCCCUGCCCGUGUUCCACUGGACCCUGGCACAUCGGCGGGCACUCAGCCGACCAUCUUCUGUGAACGUACGUGUCACUGUGUUCACGACAUGGGCUUUUUGGGAUUUUUGUUUUCUUUUUUUUUUUGUAAAUUAAAAUUCUGUGUUUCCUGAGCAGUACCCAACUUUUUUAUAACUUGGAAAAUCGUGUAUCUUGUACAAAGGAGCUCCUAUUUUUAUUCGAAUUGCAGGUGGCACUUGGCCCCAUCUCUUUGUGAUGUACGUAUGUGUCUCUAUUAAAGCAUGGUUUCUCCUCUUGUUAUUAAAUGUUACGUACCAUGUA